AUGUACAGUAUCCACGCCGAGCUGUUUUCCGAAUAUGCAGUCGGUCUCGUUAUCAUUGCAAUUCGAUUCUACGCGCGUUGGUAUACGGGGGCUCGCAAUUUCUACUGGGAUGACUUGUGUCUUGGAUUCGCGGUGAUCUUCUGGACGUUCCAUACUGUCUUUCUUUAUCUCAUGGAUGUCUACGGUUCCAACAUUGGCCUUAAUAAUGAGACAGCAAUGCAAAUUCCGGACAGUGAAGUUGGUCGACUCCGUCAGGGUUCCAUUUUCGCAUUUAUCGCCUGGCUUUCGUAUAUCUUCAUGGUGUGGUCGUUCAAGGGUGUUCUCAUGUUUCUCUACAACCGGAUCACUGCGGGUCUUUGGCAACAUCGAUUUCACCUGUUCAUGACUUUCGUUUGCGUUAGCACAUUUCUGGCUUCGCUACUGUUCCACCUGUGUAUCUGCACGCCGACUAAUAGGACAUGGCAGAUCAAGCCAUACCCAGGAGAUAACUGCACUGUUCGCCCACUGAACUAUAUCGUUAUUGAAGUGUUGAACAUUAGCACUGAUAUCGGCGUCCUCUGCAUUCCCAUGCCUCUCAUCAUCGCCGCCAAAAUCCCCCGAUCCCAAAAAGUCAUCCUGGGCAUCUUAUUCUCGUCCGGUAUCUUCAUCAUGAUCGCUGCGAUUCUCCGAGCAUACUACUCUGUAACGAACCUCAACACCCUCUCCGUGGCCCUGGGCUGGGCAUCCCGCGAAGCACUCGUAUCCGCCUUUGUCGUCUCCGCACCGGGAAUCAAACCCCUAAUUUCGCACUUCGGAUGGUUCAAAUCCCUCUCGUCCAGCAACCGCUACACAGGACCAUACAGCAAUCAGCGCACCCCGCGAAGCUUCCUCCACUCGAAAUCCAACAACGACGAUCGCCACCCGUACGAGAUGGGCUGGUUAAAGAAAUCCCGCCGCGAGUCGUCAGGCGAAAGCCAGGAAAAUAUCAUCGAAGCAGGACGGAGAGAUAUCCACACCAAACCCAAGGAAGAAGGUGAAGGUAUCACCGUGACGACUGAGUAUUCCUUGGCUCAUGAUAAUAAAUCAUUUGUUGGGGGGUCUCGGGAUGUUGAACCCUAA